AUGGCGUCCCAAGGUGACACGGUCUUUCCUUUGAUCCCUGCGCCCAUGGCGCUGGCGGUAGACACUUUCUCGGCCGCCACCAGCGCGCGGCGGUCCCCCGUUCCGUCAAGGAGCACUGCAUCCGCAAACAGGACAAUGACACCACCAACACCAGCUCCAGCAGCAUCCGCAGCUACGUCACCAACGACGACAUCAAAUCGGGCCAAGAAUCCACGGCAUCCCAUCUUCAACGAGGACAUAUUCUCCAGGUUAUACUCGACCCCUUUCAUGGUCCUUCUCUUCGCUUUCUACGGCGCCGUCCCGUUCUACUACCUGCUCCACUACUCGCCCUUCCGGGACUUCGACUCUGGUGUUGUCAACGAGGUGGUGAAGUGGUCCCUGUUCGUCCUGACGCAGUAUAUCACCGCCGUUAUCGUCACCUCGUGGGGCGGGAGGUACCGCUUGCAGAAGGAUGUGACCGCCUGCGCGCUCAUGUUGGUCUGCCUGGCUGGUGCGACAUGGUCGAAGGCAUCGCUGGACGGAAUGGCUGUGUCCAAGGGAUGA